AUGGCCAAACGACGUCAAACGGUAUCGGCUGUCGAGACAAAGAGCAAACGAAUAAAGCCAGAGAGCCCGGCACCUGCUGCAACAGUCGUCGACAAUGAGCAGGCGCUCGAGCGGAUGCUGAGCCCGUCCUCAGACGGCAACUCGUCCGCCUCAGAAAGCUCGCGAAGCGAGCACAACGGGGUCUGGGGCAGUGCCCCAGCCGCCGGAGGCAAAGGCGACCCCCCAGAAGACUCCAGCAGUGACGAAGACAGCGACGACGAUAUUGAUUGGGCGGAUGUGGACCUGCAACAGGGAGAAGUUCCGGAGCUGAAGGUGGCUGAGAAGAUCGAAAUUUCGACCAAGAUUGAUCCCCAGCCCGAAGAAGAUCCAGUUUCAGCAGAGAGAGAAGAAAGGAGGAGAAAAGUCGAGGCAGCGAAUCGGGAAAAGGUUAUUCGUUUGACGACUCAUGUGCUUCAUGUUCAGGCUUUGCUGCAUCAUGGGUCAGUGAGGAACGAGUGGAUAAACGAUUCUAAAUUGCAGAAAACAUUAAAAGAGAAACUUCCAAAACCGCUGAGGUCGGCAUUUAGAAAGCAUGCUAAACACGUUGAUAGCGGUAAGAAUAUUCGCAAACCGGACGAGGUUAUCGAUAACUUGGCAGUGCUGGUGACGAAGCUGGCGUUGUAUUUCCGCAAACAGUUCGAGAUUACGAAACCAGGACUGACUGUGCACGGAUACUAUCAGCAGGGAGAUAAUACUGAUGGUAGUACAGGAGCUCUGGAUUCAGAAGAAUUUAUUUUGAAAUGUUCAGAACGAGAACAGUUCACUGAUUUUGAAGAUUUUUAUAAUACAGCUGUGACUUUAAAAGGGUCUAGAGAUCUCGGGGCACAGGUGUUUGCAUGUAUUUUACGCAGUCUGGGUGUCGAAACGAGAUUGGUAUUUUCACCUCCAUUGCUGGGGUAUUCACUUCAUAAACGAGAACAAUUUGUUCCUGAUAAAGACGGUAGAAAGAGAAAGACGGGUUCUAGUAGAAAAAGCAUGAGUCGAGGUGCGACGCCAGACGAUGUUGGAGAACACCAGAGGGUCAUAGACAGCAAUCUGGCGUAUCCCAUUUUCUGGUGUGAAAUAUACGAUCCUCGGCUGCAGAGUUAUAUUGCCAUAGAUCCAAUGAUUCUGCCGUUUCCGGAUUAUGAAGAUUUGUUAAACGGCAAAUAUGCUGCUGAGAAGCCUGCACAGUUUGAACCACAGGGUCCAUAUGCUGGAAGUCAGAAGAUGUAUUAUGUUGUUGCGUACGAAGACGAUUCAAACUGUCGUGAUCUGACUCCUAAAUAUAUGAGCAGCAAGACAGUUCCACAAAUCAUCACUCUUACAGCCACGUCUCUGGUACGACCCAUGGCAGCGUCCUCGUUUAAAGACGUCGCAUACCUACUUUAUCUGCGUUCAGUCUGGCUCAUGGCUCGAGCUCUGAACAAGAAAUCAGAUAAACUGCGAGCUGAAGACGCUCAAAUGAGAAAAUGGAUAGCAGCGAAAUCGAGUACCGAAAACGGCAGUGAGUCAACUGAACCCAGUUAUCCCAACGUUCUCUCAGCUUAUAAAUCACAUCCGACGCUAGUGCUCCACAGCAAACUGUACAAAAGCCAGACAUUACGACCUGGAGCAAAACCCGUUCAUAAAUUCGACAUUAAAAGUGCCAAAGGCACACGAACUGAAAUUGUAUAUCAUCAAAAAGAUGUUGUAAACUGCCGACCUCAAGCAGCCUGGUAUAAAGAGGGCCGAGUUAUCAAGCCAGGAGAAAAGCCUAUGAUUAUAGAAAAAGCCAAGCCGUCUACAAGAAACGGCAAGAGAAAACUAGAAACGAGCAUCAAAUACGGGGAUAACCCUGAAGUUGUCGAGCAAGGACUGUAUUCAUACGAACAAACGAUGGAAUACGUCCCACCAGAAGUGAUCGAAGGACAACCCAUUCCGCGAAACGAGUUCGGCCGGGUCGAAAUCUUUACCCCGAACAUGGUCCCCAAAGGAACAGUGCAUCUUCGGUACCAGGGACUCGGACGCAUCGCCAAAAAGCUCGGCAUUGAUUUUGUACCUGCCGUUGUCGGGUUCAAAUUCCAGUCCCGGUUUGCCAAACCCGACAUCGACGGAGGUAUCGUCCCCGUCAACUCUGCCGAAAUCCUUCUCGACGCCUGGCGUCAGGACCAAGAAACCAAACGCGAAAAAGAAACCGCUGCUCGCAACGAAGACGCACUCACCCGCUGGAAACUCUACGUCGCACGUCUCCAACUGCUUCGCCGUCUCGAAAACAAGUACGGACGAACCUCUUAA